UGCGUGGAGACCCAUAGGAGGACAGUCGAACCGCGCCGGCUGCUGCUCCGUCGUGCAUCCUGGACACGAAUACUCAGCUGUGUUCCAGCCUUUUUAUUACUGUUGCUGGUGACACAACCUAGGUGUGACUCCCCACGGAGAGAACACUGAAGGAACACCAUGGCCUUAGCAGGAUGCCCUGACUACUUCUUACAUCACUCAAACUACCAGGAAAGCAUGGACCGCACCUCAUCUCGUCAGACCAAGGAGCUGAUUGUUCCAGGCUUUCAGCAUUCAGCCAGUCAAAGCUUGCACCAUGAUGAUGAUGAUGUGGACCUGGAGCAACUGGUGAAUGACAUGAACGCCUCCAUGGACAGCAUGUACACUACGCAGACGGACACAGUGCUACUCCUGAACAAUGGCUAUAUGCAUGCUUCUCACCACCACCACAUGCACGCUGCCUACCCAGGACAUAGCCAGAGUCAUCAUCAUCACACCCCGCCCCCUUCAUCCCCCUCCAGGGAGAAGGCGCAGCACUCUCAGCCCAUGCACAUCCAGACCGUCAGGUGUCUGCAGGAAGAGCAUCAACUUCGUCCAGCCUCCCUUCCGGCCAUCCCCAACCCUUUCCCUGAACUCUGCAGCCCAGCAGGCUCCCCUGUGCUCAGCCCUAUCCAGACCUCUGACAACCACAUAGUGAAGGUGUGGAGCGAGGAUGGGGCCGGUAAAGUGGUGGAGAUCCCAGCAGACAUGACGGCCAGAGAUGUCUGUCAGCUCCUGGUCUACAAGAGUCACUGUGUGGAUGAUAAUGCCUGGACACUGGUGGAACACCACCCCAUCCUCGGCCUUGAGAGAUGUCUGGAGGACCAUGAGCUGGUGGUUCAGGUUCAAGCCUCUAUGAGCAGCGACAGUAAAUUUCUCUUCAGGAAGAACUAUGCCAAAUAUGAAUUCUUCAGGAACCCCCCGAACUUCUUCCCAGAGCAGAUGGUGGCUUGGUGUCAGGAGUCUGAUGGCUCAAGCCCUCAGUCACCGCUCUUACAGAACUUUUUGAACGCCAGCAGCUGUCCAGAGAUCCAGGGCUAUCUGUACAUGAAGGAGCCUGGACGUAAGUCCUGGAAGAAGCUCUACAUGUUCCUGCGACGCUCGGGUCUCUACUACUCUACUAAAGGAACGUCCAAGCCCCGGCCCCUGCAGCUGCUAUCAGAUCUGGAAGACAGUAACAUCUUCACCAUCAUCACGGGCAGGAAGCUUCACAAUGCCCCCACAGACUACCCGUUCUGCAUUAAGCCCAGUAAAGUGAGGAGUGACUGUAAGGAGCUGAAGAUGUUGUGUGCAGAGGAUGAACAGAGCAGGACCUGCUGGAUGACUGCCUUCAGACUGCUCAAAUAUGGGAUUAUAUUGUAUCAGAGCUACAGCGUCCCCCAGCAGAGGAAAGCUAGUGUGUUGCCUUUCUCAGCACCUGUGCGGAGUGUUUCUGAGAACUCCCUGGUCGCCAUGGACUUCUCUGGACGGACCGGUCGCAUCAUCGACAACCCAGUUGAGGCCCAGAGCGCAGCCCUGGAGGAGGGACAGACCUGGAGGAAACGGAGCCAGCGUAUGAAUGCCCUGGGUAGUCCCAGCCCUUUGCACCCAUCCUCUCUGAGCACAGUGAUCCACAGAACACAGGUAUGGUUUCAUGGUCGCAUCAUGAGAGAGGAUGCUCACAAAAUGAUUAUACAACAAGGCCAAGUAGAUGGGUUAUUCUUGUUGCGGGACAGUCAGAGUAAUCCUAAGGCAUUUGUGCUCACCUUGUGCCACCACCAGAAGAUCAAGCACUUCCAGAUUCUACCGUGUGAGGAGGACGGUCAGGUGUUCUUCAGCCUCGACGACAGCGCCACCAAGUUUACAGACCUGAUCCACCUUGUGGAGUUCUACCAGCUCAACAGAGGAGUGUUGCCCUGCAAGCUCAAACACCCCUGCACCGCGGUGGCCUUGUGACACUCCGCACUCCCAGUCCUCCACCACCCUUUUGUACAUCUCUCACCCUGAGACCCCACCCCUGUCUGCCCCUCCCUCACAACACAUUAAGCUUGAGGAGACAGAGGAAAGUCGGGUUCUGGGGAUGUGAACAACUCAGUAGAGCCAGCAUUGAAGGUUUGAUGUCCCUAAUACACUGUGCUUUUCUCUGCCUUACCGCUGUUUGGAUGCUUGAAUGGGAACCCUUUGGAUAGUUCAAGCAAUGCAAACUGUGGACCCGGCAGUCACCCACCUCGUUUUGACUGUGGAGAGAG